GAUAAGAAUCGAUAAGCGAUAGAGUGGAAGCGAACGUACCGAUUUCAAUGAGAUUAUGGAAGAUCGUUGUAAAGAACAUGAUGAUGAAUUGUUCCGAUUCUUCUGUACGGACUGUAAACGUCUAAUCUGUGACGUUUGUAUCGACGAGGAACACAGUAAACAUGCGUUCUGCAGCAUUAGACGCGUGGCAGAGUCGAAACGGGACGACUUGUUGACACAGCUAGGGAGCGACAGACAGACACACAUAGACCGUCUCCAUCAGUAUUCGGAAAAGAUACAGCAGACGAAAGACAAUUUUUCAAGUCAGACUGAAGGCCUGGUCGAAAACAUAGACGCGAAAGCCGAAUACUUAAUGGACAGAAUUCACAAAGUUAGAGAUAAGGUUGUUUCCCUUGUCCUUCAUUAUCAACAGCAGUGUGAGGAGCCCUUUACAGAUGCCCAGAGGAAAAUUGAUGAAUGUUUGUCGCUUAUCAAUCAUUAUUCAGAAAUGCUGACUGAUAUAGAAGAGAAGACAGACAGAGAAAUUGUCAUUAUGCAAACAAGAUUGGACACAAAACUAACCUCUGUUCCUGACCCAGAUGAAAUACCUUCAGGACCACUGAUGACAUUUGUUGAAAAUAAUAACGAAAGUUUGAGUGACAGAAAUAUUGAAUCACUGUUUGGCAGCUUCACACUCAACAGCUUGAGGAACGAAGAAAACUAUUGGCUAACUAUGACUGAAAAGAAAGAUGCAGAGACAAACACGGAUCCUGUAGACAUAAGACCUACAGAUAAUGAGGAGAAUGGUGUCGGUGCUGAAGAAGAUCAAGAAGAAAGCAGCAAUGGCAAAAAUGAAACUGAGGAUUAUACAACAGUCCCUAUCAUGGAUGAAUAUCAAGACAUCUCUCUCGAUUUUGAACUGGCGGGCCAAGGAUCUAUAAAUAAAAUCCUGCCAUGUUUUAACUCUAAGUCUGCCUACAUCCUGACAUCCAAGAGCAUGAAGUUUGUCAAUGCUUUGACAGGUGAUUUAGACAUGACCCCAGGGAAGAUGCAUAAGCGUGAAGCCCAUCAAACUUUGAUGUCCAAUGUUGCAGAUGUAAGCAUGACCAAAGAUGGUCAUGUUGUAUUUAUAGAGGAAAAGCGAGCAUGUGUGAAAAGAUUAACCAGCUCAGACACGGUUGUUGUUUUGGCUGAAUUCCCCAAAGAUUCCAAAGUACAUUGCAUCAAUGUGUCAAAUGAUAACCAUAUUAUAGUGUGUCACUCGAAGGUCCAAGAGGGCCGACAAAGAACUUGCAUUACUCAGUUGGACGAGCAUGGCGUUCAACUAAAGUCUGUUGUCCUUGGGAUGUCUUACCGUUUCCCGUACAGAUUUUGUAAAAAUACCAAUGGAGACAUGCCUUUCCUUGACCUUGAGGGCCCAGGCAUAUCGAAAGGAUGUGUUAGAAUUGUGAACUCUGAUCUCAAACAUGUAGCAACAUAUGCUGGUGCUAUAGGACCAAUACCUUCGGACACAUUUGAACCGCGGGGAAUAUGCUGUGAUGUAGAUAGUCAUAUCAUUGUUACAGAUUGUCGGAACCAUGCUGUUCACCUCCUCAAUUCAAUGGGAAAGUACAUGCGACUGAUCCUUACACACAAAGAUGGCAUCCGACACCCUGUGUCUGUGAACCUUGACAGAAAUGGUCUUCUUUGGAUUGGCUGUCUCUAUGGAAAAGUCUAUGUGAGGAAAUACAAGGAUUUGUUUUUGUAGAGUUCUACAAUAUAUCUAGCCUGGCCAUGGUUUACAUUGCCAAAAAAACACCCUGAUGAUCCAUUGGUUUAUAAAUACCCAGUCUUUAAUUUUAAGUAAAAAUUAUUUUGUGCAUUUAAGGCUGUUCCAUCUUUCUUGUCUCCAAAGAAUUGGUUUAUUUUACUAAUUUAUUAUUGGGGGGAAAAGAACAAAGAAGUGAUGGAUAAUUAACAUAAUAUGAAAAAUUUCAAAAAUAUGAUAAAAAAUAUUAAUACCAGGUCGAUAACGCUACAUUUUCUGAAUUAUUAAGACAAGUAUUAUCAGUAUGUAGCUCGUGUCCCUUUACCAAAAAACUAUAAAAUCUGAAUAAAAUAUUUUUUAGUCUACAGGUACAUUUACCUUGCAUGACAUGAACAUCCAUAUGAAAGAAAAUUGAUAAUACUAUGAAGAUUUUUAUGGAAGAAAAAAAUAUAUAUAGAUAUAGAGCAAACAGUUUUUUGAUAAAUUUUAAGCUACAAGAAGACAAGUCAGGUUUUUAUAUUUAAGAGAACUAGUCUGUAGCAAGAUUUAAAAAAACAACAACAUUGAAUUAGCCCGGGGUGUCGGGCAAAUGAAAUUAUACACCCUAAAGAAGUUUGAUUUAAAAUAAUGUAAAUGUACUGGUGUAGCACCAAGACAGCUUAAUUGCAAAAAUUAAUUAGUACAUAGUUCAUAUAUACAUAGAUUAAUAAAUUCAAAGUGUUUUCAUCAAUCUUUUUGACUGGUAGUUAUCAAAUGGCAGUUGCCUCCCUUGUCACUUCUGACCAUAUGGCACAGCUGUUGCACAGUCAUUUAUAAAUGCUAAGACCCUAUUGCAGGUCAAGAAAAGGAUGUAUAGAUCUAGAUUUAAUUUGUUUUAUUGACAUGCAUAUUUGGUUGCGUAUUUUUUUUCUUUCUGAAUGUGACAGAUGGUUUCAAUCUGGUCUAGUUCUUUAUUCGAUACACUGAGAAAGAGAAACUUGAACCUUUUUUUAGAAACUACUACCGGAGUAUGAAUAAAAGGACUAUUUUGGUACGUCUUUUCUCCAAGGAAACUGCAUAAUGACAUGAUUAUAAUCUCAGUAUAGUUUUCCUCUAUUUCAUGUAUUGAGUAACUCAAAAAGAUUACAGUAAAAAGCAACUUCGCUUCAACCAUUAAGAUUUCAACAAAUUUACGAAAAAAUGUGAUUACAAUGAAAUCUUCUGAUUUGGCAAAGGUCAUUUUGCCAAAGUUGAAGUUCACUUGGCCAGACCAUGGGUUCUAUCAUGCAGACUACCAGGCCAGUGGGUUAAAUUUUGGGUUCACUGGGCUAGAUCAGGGUUUCCCUUGUCCUGGCAAGGAGUUCACAGGGGCAGAUCAGGGGUUCACUGGACUAGAUUUGAAGUUCAUUGAACCAGGCUUAGGAAUUGAUUACUUGGCCAGGCUUUGGGUUCAUAUAACUAGACAAAGGAUUCAACAGGCGAUAGUUAUUAGCAAGGGGCUCACUAGACCAGACUAGAGGUUCACAAUACCAGGUUAGGGGUUCAUGGGACCAGACUAGGGGUUCACAAGGCCAGGUUAGGGGCUCACUAGACCAGACUAAGGGUUCAUAAGGCCAGGUUAGGGGCUCACUAGACCAGACUAGAGGUUCACAAGACCAGGUUAGGGGUUCAUGGGGCCAGACUAGGGGUUCACAAGACCAGGUUAGGGGUUCAUGGGGCCAGACUAGGGGUUCACAAGGCCAGGUUAGGGGCUCACUAGAUCAGACUAGGGUUUCACAAGGCCAGGUUAGGGGUUGGUUGGACCAGACUAGGGGUUCAAAAGGCUAGGUUAGGGGUUGGCUGGACCAGACUAGGGGUUCAAAAGGCCAGGUUAGGGGUUGAUGGGAUCAGACUAGGGGUUAACAAGGCCAAGUUAGGUGCUGACUAGACCAGACUAGGGGUUUACAGGGCCAGGUUAGGGGUUGUUGGGACCAGACUAGGGGUUUAAAAGGCCAGGUUAGCUAGGGGUGGAUUGGACCAGACUAGGGGUUCACAAGACCAGGUUAGGGGUUCAUGGGACCAGACUAGGGAUUCACAAGGCCAGACUAGGGGUUCACAAGACCAGGUUAGGGGUUGGUUGGACCAGACUAGGGGUUCACAAGACCAGGUUAGGGGUUCAUGGGACCAGACUAGGGAUUCACAAGGCCAGAUCAGAGGUUCACUGGACCAGAUUUGGAGUUCUUCUUCUUUUAAUGUGCAGGGCUCCAAAUGGGGCAUUGCAUAUUAAAAAUAAAAAUAAAGAAAGAAGAACUCCAAAUAUGGCCCAGUGAACCCCUGAACUUGCCUUCAAUUGACCAUAUUUGGGGUUUGAUAACUUUUCAAGUUCAGGGGUUCACACACCAAGAUUAAGGGGUUAUAUGACUAGACUAGAGGUUCACAAGGCCGGAUUAGGAGUUCAUAGGACAGCACUCAGACUCGGGAGUUCAUUCAGCCUGGAGAUAACUUGGCAAGAUUUGGAGUUUCUCUAGGGGUUCACAAUGCCAGAUCAGGGGUAGAUGGGAUCAAACUAAUGGUUCACUGAAGUUCAGUACAUAUUCAUUAUUGUUUACACACUAAAUCAUUUAUAUCAUAUAGAACUGUAUGAAAUAAUAUAUUUCAGGGGUGAAGGAGUUAACUAAUUGUUGUAAAAUAAAUAAAGUUUAUCUUAAGACAUAACACUAUCACUAAGCUGUAAGCUCUUAUUAGUGUUACAGGCCCCAUUUGCCUUUUAUGCAUAAAGGAAGAUGCAUGUAGUUUCCUAAGUGAGAUACCUUUAUAAUAUGGUUAUAAAUACAUGUUACACUGUAGGCAUUCACAGUUGUUUACUAGUCUAGUGAAAUGUUGAGGUACAAUGUAUCUACUUUGUAAUGAUAAAUCAUUCCAAUUAGGCCAAGCAAAAAUACUUUGUGCUUAUGGUACCCUACAAGUUUUAGUGUCAAAUUUUUUUCGUCAAUUUUCAAAGAAGCAGAGCUGUUAAAACCAAGAUCACUCUAUAAACCAUAUAAAAUUGUUUUUAUUUUAAAGAAAACAUUUUACCUUCCUACCUACCCAAUAUUUUUCAGACAUGUUACAGGCAAUGUACGUUUUUUGUUUGUUUGGCCUUAUACAUGGUCUCUCACAAGCCACCAAAUAAUCAAAAUGUGCAUGUAAGUUUUGCAUUACAAAGUGCAGCUAACCAGGGAACAAAUGGAUACACACAUAAUCAGAAACAAUGCAUUACCACAUCAUUGGUGGUUACUUCCUUUCUAUUUAUUUUUCAUUUUAUGCUCUUUGUCAAAUUUUAUUUGCUAUGUUUAAAAUAUAAACAUACUUUUUACAAUUUGUGUAUAUAUAUGUCAUAAUGUGAUAACAUGCUAAUUUUUUAAAAAGGUGGCAAAUGCUAGUUUAAUUUUAAUUUUACUACCAUGACAAUCAGUCUUAUUAUUUAAUUAAACAGUGGUUAUGUUAUAUCUUAUUUAUGACAAUUGACACUUUUUCCUCACAUUGUCUAACCAUAUAUGGAUACUAUAGUUUAACAGUGUAAUCGGUUCCUAACUAUAGAAGGACCAUGUAUGCAUCUACAUGUUUUGUGGUGUUGGUAAUUGUAACAUUAUGUUUAUGUCUUGUUGACGUUACAUCAUCCUCGAUAUCCAGGGGUUACGCUCACAUUCGCUCUCUACACCCCUGGAAUAUGUCAUAGCAAAAUU